UGGCAACUUUCCUGUUAUAGUUUUACAAGAGUACUGACGAAAAGCAAGCUGCUGCAAUUUACUACUGUCUUAGUUAGGGAAUUGGUACUUAGAAGGGCAACGUUACUUGUGCGAUUUAUAGUUAUCGUCCAUUUUACCAUGAGAUUAGCACUCGCAGCCUUGGCUAGUUUUAGAAAGACGUAUCCUGGACAUAUGUACAGAGGCAAACAUCGCAAAAGGCCAUAUGCAACUGAGGAAGCUAUAGCAGCUAGAAUCAAAUUUCUCAAGAUGGAAGAACAAAAUAUGUUUUACUUGAGACAUCCAUAUCUCACUUUGGAGCAGUCUUGGGGGCAUAGUCAGGAGUUAGGGAAGCAAAAAGCUUUCAUCAGAGAAAUGCACCUAAUGAAGUUGAACAGAAAUGCUAAACCCAGUGUCACAAUUGAAGAACGAUACGACAUGCUACGAAAUAAUGACGUAUGGGACUAAAGCUACUUGUUUUUUCAUGUAUCAUAUGUAUUAAAGUAGGUUAAUAAAUAAUUACAAAUAUUUA